AUGAAGGCCAUCAUCGUGCGCACAUCUUCGAUUUACGAAGCGAGUGGCAUGGCAUGCAAGGCUCUGGCCUGCUGCAGUACGAUCGACAAUUUGUUUGAAACCUUGGAUUUUGAUGGAGGCACUGCCGAAAUACUCCUGCAAUAUGUUUUUGAUGGGAGGAGUGCAAUCGCUUUGACGAUAUCCAGUGCGUUCGGAAAGGUCGAGGAAGCUGAGUGCAACUCAAGCGGUUCGUGUGCACACAAUAGGAAAGUAAAUGACUACACGAUCAACCUGCAAAGCAGAAGUGUUCCCCACGAAGGAGGCAAAUCUCCACUAACAGCAAUGAAAACCUUCUUGAGGACGCUCGUUUCCAGGACAUCUACGGUCUACGACAGC